AACACACAAAUGUCCUCCAAUCUGAUCUGCUUUGAGCCGCGCUGUUUCAUCUGAUCCUAUCAGGCCUGAUGACAGCCUCUCCUGUUUCUGGGUCUGCUGCAGCUGCUGUGUGACUGUAAGAGAGACUCAGGCAUGCUCUGACGGCAGCCAUCUUGUGUCAACAGGAUUAAGUGAUUUCAAACUUUCAUGAUUGUGGAAUGGUUUUAUCAAGAUGACAUCCACGUGGGUAUCAGUGAUUGCCAUGCUGCUGGCUUUUGUGAGCGGAGCAAGAAAUGAGGAUGAGAUGCUGCCGUGUGCCAGCGUCCAGACGUCCAGCUCAGUGGUGGUCUUGGGGUCACCUGUCACAGCCACCUGUGUCAUCAGAGACGGCUGCCCUCUGGCCAGGGGACAAGCUGUUCAUAUAGAGUGGCACCUUGGCCAGCGCCUUGUUCCCAGCAGCCCUGCAGCCAAUGACAGCAGGACUUCCAUGGUUGUCAUACCAAGCUUCAAUGACACGAUGGCUUACCUCACCUGCUGUGUCCAGGCCUCUCCCUGUCAAAUAGUGGGAGGAGUGGCCAUCAGAGCUGGAUAUCCACCAGCGGUCCCACAGAACCUCAGAUGUCAGACAAAUCUCACCUUCCCCAGCACCCUGACCUGUAGGUGGGACCCUGGGCAGAAGGAGACCCACCUACGAACAAACUACACCCUUCAUACAGAAAUAAGAGAUUCGCAGGAGAACCAUACUUAUGAGCUGUCAGCAGGAGUCCACCACUACACAAUACCUCGCAAAGACUUUUCCUUCUACUUAGAAAUGACAAUAAGUGUGAAGGCAGUGAAUGAACUGGGUGAGGUGUCCUCAGAGCCUGUCAUUUUGGAACCUCUCAGGUCAGCUAAAUUUGACCCGCCGAAGAUCCUGAAGGUUCAAGCUGGACUUAAAAAGUACGGCUGCCUGGGGGUGAGCUGGAGCUUGUCCCAGCAGCAAACCUGGGUGACCAUCUCCAGCCUCAACCUGGAGGUUCGGCUGAAAUCUGCUGACAGUAAUCAGUGGAGUGAACCGGUGAUCCCGAUGACCCGUGUAAUGCUGAAGAGACCUGUGGAAGUGUGUCGUCUGCUCCAUGGGACAGAGUAUUACGCCCAGAUUAGAGUUAGAUACCAACAAAGCCCCUGGAGUGAAUGGAGCAGCCGCCAAUCUGGAGUCACCUUGGAGAAGGCUCCCACUGGACGACUCGACUCCUGGAUGAAAGUAUCAGGGGACCACAAGCAAAAACAUCUCAAAGUACACUUGUUUUGGAAGCCAUCAAAACAAUUCCGCGCCAACAGUCAAAAUGUGUCGUACAUUGUCUCACUUCAAAGACUGCGGGGUGAGAGGAGACAGGUCUGUUUCUCGCUGGGACACUACUGUAGUUUCCAGCUUCCCACAGGAGCAAAGAAAGUGUUCCUAUUUGCUAUGAAUGCAGCAGGGAAAUCCAACCCCACUGAGGUCCCUGUGUUUCAACAAAAAGCUGGCACUGUGAUAUCAGAUGUGACCGUCCUUCCUCGUGAUGACACAACCCUGCUUGUCCAGUGGACCAGCCUUGCCUCCCCUGGCCUCACUGGUUAUGUGGUAGAAUGGAGACCUUUGCUAAAAUCAGACCCCUCCCUCCUUCGCUUUGAAAUCACUGACAGAAACCAGUCAGGCCUUGUGAUAACAGGGAACUUUGAGCCGUACCAGCCCUAUGGGAUCUCUGUGUAUCCCAGGUUUAAGGACGGGAUAGGCCCCCCUAAGACUGUUAAUGCCUACUCAAGACAAAAGGCACCAUCCAUAGUACCAAAAAUAUGGGUUAAAAAGACCUGGCAUUCCUAUAUUGAGCUUUCCUGGGAUGAAAUCCCAUUAGGCCAAAGGAAUGGAAUCGUCCAGAACUACAAGAUCUUCUACUGGGAUGAAGAGGGACACAUUGAAAUUGUGAAUGCUGACCUGGAAAAGAGGAAGAUCACCUUGAAAGAGCUCAACGCGAUGUCCUUGUACGAGGCGUUCAUGAUGGUUAGCACAGAGGGUGGAAGUCUGAAUGGGUCAACGAUUAAUUUCAAAAUUGAGCCCUUUGAUGCAGUCGCUGUUGUUGUGAUGAUUGUAAUUCCAUGUGGAGUUGGACUGUCACUACUGAUUAUUAUCACAGUCAUGACAUGCUUCUCAAACCACAAGAGGCUGAAGGUGCGUUUUUGGCCGAUGAUCCCUGACCCGGCCAAUAGCAGCAUCAAGAGGUGGACAUCGGAGUCUAUGCAGGAUAUCCCUGCAUUCUCGGACUUUGAGGAGCCCAAUCCAAUAUACCUCUCCCACCUGAGCUUCCUGGACCUACCCAAAAAGUUAGAUAAAAAUGAUGAUGUCCAUUGGUUACACCGUGGUUCAGAGGACACCAGUGACCUGGGAGAGUCUAUUUGUGGUUCACCGCUCAGCCCCAGUUACUCAGGAACAAACAGCGACUCUGUCCCGUAUGCCACCGUGAUCUUCUCUGGUCCGUACACAAGUCAGUCCGCCAACCAGCCGCAUGUCUACCUACGCUCUGAGUCCACACAGCCCCUCCUGGAGAUGGAGGAAGUCUUCAGCCACAAGAGCUACCAGAACAUGCCGACGGAUGGGAUGACCACGGCACAAUGUUUUUUUGGGCCAAGCCAGGAUGAUGGCCCUGAGGAAAGGGCUGAUGCAGGCAUUCUUUGGGGUGACUUUCCUUUUCUGCAAGCAUUAACCUUCAAUGAAGCUCAAAUUGACUAAGAGUGCUUCACUAACUGUAUGGUUAACUGCUUUAGAAAGGUGUUCAAUGCAAGGGGACGCAUGCUUGGGUCUAUGUAAUGACCUUAUUGAGUUUAACUAUAUUAUCCAGCGUAUCCUGUCUAAAAAUGCAUAUGAUUUUGAUCACAUAUUAUACUAUAGUGAUUAUGAAUACAUCACCUUCCUGUGAAAAAAUACAUUUUUGUCAUGAUGUCAGGUGCUUAAAUGACUCAACGCCUAUAACGAACUACUCCACCAACAACUUACACAGAGCUAGACUUCACACUUUUAUUUUAGCCUUCCUCAGUCUGUCAGAUCAACAUCAAAAUCACAGGACAUCUUAGAAGUUACCCGUGACAAGUCACCUGGUUGACAAAUUUUCGCCUUUUUUAAUAGCUUGGCUCAGAAAAUUGUGCAAAUUGUGCAUUGAUCUUCAUGUAAUGUGCAGGGUAAGGGUCUUUUUUUCCAUAAAAGUAAGAUUCAGAGUACGGGCAUUGCUUUAUUUCUUUGUCUAGUUGAUAAUUAUAGGACAUUAAUGUUGAGAUCAUUCUAACACUUUUUUUUUUUUUUAAUUGCAUUAACCUAUUAAAUUUACUUUAACUAACAUCAGUUAAAACUGCUCAAACCAGAGUUUCAGUCUAUCCCAGUACAGAUAUAGUGUAGCAUAACACCACAUUACUACUGUUAAAAUAUGUAGAAUUAGGUGUGCACAUGUGUGUGUGUGUGUGU